AUGCUGUAUGAAUGUGCAUUCCACAUUCAAGCGUUUGGCACACGCAACAUAACAGAGACCAAGGACCUCAUUCACAAGCUGCUGACCACAAAGCACACUGACAAUGUUAUCACCAUCCAGGCAGGUGUUAUUGAGAUAACACACAUAGAGCCGGGCAUCUGCCCAGAGGACACUACCAAGGGUAUCUACGGGGAAUACAUAUGGCCUUCUGGUGAACCAGAGCAGAACACCUCCAUUGGCUGUUAUAAGAACCCGGCUAAGAAAGGAUACAGGCAGUGUGACUUAGAUCCUGACUCUGAGAAGGCCACCUGGCGGGAUCCAGACUUUAGUAAAUGCAAGCCAGUCUUCACUUUCUCUAACCUAGGAGACCUCAUCGUCACAGCAAAUAACACAGCUGACGUGGUGGGCAUUAUUGAGGACCUGGUGAACAGUGAGCUGGGUUCUGAUGGGAGCCUGACGGGGGAGGAGCUGAACACAGUGGUCGACAAGCUAGCUGAAGUGAUGGGGGUUGCCACGGUGACCCCUGAGCUUGGAUCGAAGAUCAUUGGAAUCAUCAGUGACCUCCUGGGAUCUGACACUGUCUUGUCAGCAGUGGGUAAUAGAAUCCUGAAUCUGAUUGAAAGUGUUGGGAACAAGAUGUUUUUUUCUGGGGAGUCAGCCAACGUGACUGUCCCCUCGCUGGCCGUCUCCAUGGUUAAUGUGGACCCAGACCAGUUCCAUGGCCUGACCUUCGGUGUUUCCUCCUUUUCCACUGGCCUAGUCCCAGAGAUUUUUGUCAACCAGUCCUUUGUGAGCGAUCCAUUUGAAGGUGCCGUGGCAUCCAUCUCCCUACCCUCGGCCCUAGAGACAAUCCUACACAACAACGGAAACAGACGCAGAGUCCAGUUCCAAUUCUAUGGCGUACAAGAGCUAUUCAAGGACAUGGAAAGCAACUUGACACUAAAUACCUAUGUAGUGUCUGCUAGCGUUAGCAACAGCCUCGUCAGCAAUCUCAAUGAGUCUGUAGUAGUUAUACUCAGACACCUCAAGCCAAAAGAGACCAGUGACAGGGUGCAGUGCGUGUACUGGGACUUCCAGAAAAACAAUGGGCAGGGGGGCUGGAGCAGUCAAGGCUGUGAGACCGAGAGCAGGUCUGCUUAUCUGACCAGCUGUCGCUGUAAUCACCUGACACACUUUGGUGUGCUCCUGGUGAGUGAAGUUGCGUGUGUUGUCUUGCAGGAUGUGUCCAGGACACCCAUUAGUGAAAAGGACCGCCAGAUCCUGUCCAUCAUCUCCUACCUGGGCUGUGGGGUGUCCUCCAUCUUCCUGGGCAUCAAUCUGCUGACUUACACUGCCUUUGGGAAGUUGCGUAAAGACUACCCGUCCAAGAUCCUACUCAACCUAUCAGGGGCUCUGCUGGGGCUCAACAUGGUCUUCCUGCUCAACUCCUGGCUCUCAUCCUUCAACAACUAUGGCCUCUGCAUCACCACUGCAGUCACUUUGCACUACUUCAUGUUGGCAUCCUUCACUUGGAUGGCCCUGGAGGCCGUCCACAUGUACUUCGCUCUGGUCAAGGUCUUUAACAUCUACGUCCCCUCCUACAUUCUCAAGUUCUGCGCCCUUGGCUGGGGCCUUCCCCUGGUGAUUGUCAGCCUAGUCCUGGCGAUAGACAUGGAUGCCUAUGGCAAUGACUCGUCCAGGAAGUCUGCAGACGAUCUGCAGAACUCUGAAUCAUUCUGCUGGUUGCAGAGCAAUGUGGUCUUCUACAUCACAGUGUUGGCCUUUGUUCUGCUGGUCAUGCUGAUAAACCUUUCUGUGUUCAUCGUGGUUCUGGUUCAGAUCCGCAACAUGCGGACCAACAAACCUGCUGGAAACAAGGGGAGCAUGCUGCAGGACUUGCGAGCGGCAGCCAGCCUCACCUUUCUGCUGGGUCUCACUUGGCCACUAGCCUUCUUCGCCUUGGGUCCGGCCAAAGUACCGCUACUCUAUUUUUUCUCCAUCCUUAACAGUCUUCAGGGGUUCUUCAUCUUUGUGUUCCACUGUCUGAUGAAAGAGAAUGUUAGGAAGCAGUGGAGAAUCCACCUGUGCUGUGGCAGAUUCAGGCUUAAUGACUAUUCAGACUGGAGUCGUUCUGUGACAUGCGACAGGUCCAAGCAGAACCAGUUGGUGAACUCCCCUUCUUUGAGGUCUGUAGACACCAGCUCCAGCAGGAAGAUCUCUGAAUCGUCCACUGGUUCUGCGCCAGUCCACUUCUAGGGGGAAAAGUCUACUGAGACCCGUAGCGAGAUCAUGUGACAGGGUCCAGGGUUUGUCUUGACUUCCCAUCUCCAGUAAGCUGUUACAGCUUCAGUACAAUAAAACAACAUGGAUAUGUUGAAUACUUUUGGCAUGGCACUGAAAACGUCCAGAUUCUGCAAUUUAAUGUCCUUGUCUAACUAAAAAACAAGCUUAUUUGUACAGUUUAUUGUUAAUUGUAACAGUGCCUUUGUAGUUUCAUCUUCUUUUUGGAUAAAGAGACUGUGUUUACUGUGUAUAUGAAAGUGGUAUUUUAAUUUAAAUGUCGAUAAUUUUGAAUUUGACUUAAUUUAGUCCAUUAGCACAUACAUGUAAUAAUGUGAUGGUGGUUGCUGUUAAAUCCUUUAGUAUCAAUAUAUUUAUCAGCUUUAGGUAAAAUUCAAAA